UGGCCCCUGCUCCUCAGCGCGGGCUAUGUGCCAUGGCGUCUGUCCUGUUCCCGUCGCUUUUGCUGGUGGCCGCCUAUCCGAGGAGUGGGUGCCCCCAGCAUGAGCGGAUGCAAAGCCCUCCGGCGCCUUCCGGGACCUCGACGCCGUUCUUGGUGCGUUUAAAUCCGGAGCUGGAGGCUGUGCCUCCCGGGGGCUCGGUGUGGCUUAACUGCAGCCACAGCUGCCCCCUGCCGGUGCGUACCAUCCUGCGCACUCAGCUGCGGCAGGGAAAGACACUCAAUGGAUCCGGUUGGGUAUCUUACCAGCUACUGGAUGUGAGGGCCUGGGAUUCCAAGGUGCGCUGCGUCGUUACUUGCGCAGGAGAAACGCGGGAGGCCACCGCCAGGAUCACCGCUUACAGUCUUACCCUUCUUGCCUUAGAACGGCCGAGAAGCGUGAUCAUGGAGCCUCCGGUCCUAGUGGGCCACAAGUACACUCUACGUUGCUACGUGACACACGUGUUCCCCGUGGCGUAUUUGGUGGUGAGCCUGAGGAGGGGUGGCCGAGUGGUUUAUUUUGAAAGUCUGGAGCGCUUCAACGGUUCAGAUCUGGCUAAUGUCACUUUGACCUACGUGAUGCGGGCAGGACCCAACGACCUCCGGCAACCACUCACCUGCCAUGCACGCCUCAAUCUCGACGGGCUAGUGGUGCGCAGCAGUUCUGCACCAGUUAUGCUGCAGGUCCUCGCUCUGAGUCCAGCCUCCAAAGCGUUGGCUUCUGCCUCCAUCGCAGCCCUAGUGGGGAUCCUUCUGGCCGUGGGGACUGUCUACGUGCGCAAGUGCCUGGCCGUGCAGACUCAGUCAUAGGCGGCUGUUCGAUGCCUGACAAGAGAGAGCAAAA